AUGCUCUCCCGCGUCACCGUCCGCUCGCUCGCCCCCUCGCCCGCCGCCUCGACCCGCCGCUCGCUGUCGACCCUCAUCGCCAACCCGGCCCGCCGUCUCGCUCCCUCUGCCCUCCACCGCGCUCCUCUCGUCGCCCACACCACAAAGCCCGCGUUCGCUGCCACCAUGGGUGCCACCCGUCUCUCGUCUGGCGGCCACGGCGAGUCUACUGUCCGCCCGCCGCCUGACCAGGUCAUCCAGGACAUUGCCGACUAUGUCCACAACUACGAGAUCAAGUCGGACGUCGCCUACUCGACCGCGCGCCUGUGCCUCAUCGACACGAUCGGCUGCGGCCUCGAGGGCCUGCGCGUGAGCGACGAGUGCCGCGCCCUCAUGGAGCCCAUCGUGCCCGGUACCGUCGUCCCCAACGGCACAAAGGUCCCCGGCACCCCCUUCCAGAUGGACCCGGUUCGCGGCGCGUUCGCCAUCGGCACCCAGAUCCGCUGGCUCGACUUCAACGAGUGCUUCCUCGCCGCCGAGUGGGGCCACCCGUCCGACAACCUCGGCGCCAUCCUCGCCGUCGCCGACUACCUGUCGCGCACGGGCGAGCCGCUCAAGGUCCGCGACGUCCUCACGGCCAUGAUCAAGGCGCACGAGAUCCAGGGCUGCAUGGCGCUCGAGAACUCGUUCAACCGCGUCGGCCUCGACCACGUCAUCCUCGUCAAGCUCGCGUCGGCCGCCGUCGUGUCCCAGAUGCUCGGCCUCACGCGCGACCAGACGGUCGACGUCGUGUCGCAGGUCUUUGUCGACGGCCAGAGCCUGCGCACGUUCCGCCACGCGCCCAACACGGGCUCGCGCAAGAGUUGGAGCGCCGGCGACGCGUGCAUGCGCGCUGUCCACCUCGCGCUCCAGGUCAAGCGUGGCCAGAUGGGCAUCCCGACCGUCUUGACUGCCAAGACCUGGGGCUUCUACGACGUCCUGUUCAAGGGCAAGGAGUUCCAGUUCCAGCGCCCGUACGGCUCGUACAUCAUGGAGAACGUCCUCUUCAAGAUCUCGUUUCCGGCCGAGUUCCACGCCCAGACCGCCGCCGAGGCCGCGCACGUCCUCCACAAGCAGCUCAAGGACAUGGGCAAGUCGUCGGACGACAUCAAGCACGUCCAGAUCCGCACGCAGGAGGCGGCGAUCCGCAUCAUCGACAAGAGCGGCCCGCUCGACAACUUUGCCGACCGCGACCACACGCUCCAGUACAUGGUCGCCGUCCCGCUCAUCUUUGGCCGCCUCACGACCGAGGACUACUCGGACAAGGUCGCCGCCGACCCGAGGAUCGACGCCCUGCGCGAGAAGAUGCAGUGCGUCGAGGACAAGACGUUCACGGCCGACUACCACGACCCGGACAAGCGCUUCAUCUCGAAUGGGCUCACCGUCACGCUCAACGACGGCACCGUCCUCCCCGAGGUCCACAUCGACUACCCGGUCGGCCACAAGCGCCGUCGCGAGGAGGGCACCCCGCUCCUCAACGCCAAGUUCGAGCGCCACAUCCGCCCCCACUUUGAGUCGGCGCACGUCGACAAGAUCCUCAAGCUCGUCGGCGACCAGCAGACGUGCGAGAACAUGAGCGUGAGCGAGUUCACCGACCUCUUUGUCACCAAGUGAUCGGGAACGAGACGGCGGUAGACAAAGAAGACGCAGGGCUUCUUUUGCAAUGAGGAAAAGCCGAGCAGUGCCACAGGACCUUCUUUUUCCCCUCGCGUGCGACGACGAGAGAAGGGAGGCUACAGAGUACGACAGCGAGAUCUCGACAAAGACUGAGUGCGAGAGUGAUAGAGAGAGCCGCCAGGGCUGUGGGAACGAGUGCGAGGGGGGUGCGAGUGUCUGUUCGGCAAAGAGGGAGAGAGGGAGGGAAAGAAGGGCGAGAAGACGGGAGGGCUCAGGCGACGAUGACGACCUCGGACAGGAUGUGGUACGCCCCCUGCUUCAUCGUCAAGUGCAGGCGCCGCUCGACCGGGCCCGCCAGGUCGUCCUCGCCACCGGCCGCCC